AAUCAGAUGAGACCACGAGGCUUUACUGAGGUCACCGAACACAUGCAACCAAACGCUUCCAGAAUCAUUUCCACAGCAAAGAGGCAGAUCACAAUCUCUCCCAAAACGUCUAAUGCUGCUGUGGGGGAAACCACAGAUGUAAUCUUUCACGCUCGUCCCAGGAGAAAAAACAUUUUCCCCGCUUUAGGCAACAUCGUUCAAGCUGAAGGGGUCCCCUGCUGCUGGGUUUCAUCACAAUUUCACUCGGCCUCCCACAGAGAGAAUAACAACCCCACAGAUAUCAGGGAAAAGCAAACUAAACCAUGAAACCAUCACAGAUCUUGACUAUACUAUCUCUGUAUUUGCUCUCUGGAGCUCUGGUACUUUCUCAAGAGUUUGAAAAGGACUACUUCGAUUACGACAUAGAUGACAACUCUUUGCCUGAAGUUCCUCGACUUACUGUAACUCAACAACCUGAUUACGAUGCCCAAAUAAUGUAUUCAUACGAAUGUGCCAGCGAGUGCUUCUGCCCCUCAUCUUAUCCAUUUGCCAUGUAUUGCGACCACCGAGAACUCAAGGUGGUUCCCAACAUCCCAAGACACGUCCGCCACUUGUACAUUCAGCAUAACGACAUAGAAGAGAUAACUACAAAGCCUUUCAUUAAUGCCUCGUCCCUGAGGGAAAUCAACUUCAGCUACAAUAAGCUGCAGUCAUCUAAGGUGGAUAAAGAUGUCUUCAAUAUACUCAAAGAACUCAUUCAGUUACACCUUGAGCAUAAUAAUCUGGAAGACAUCCCUUCUCCUUUGCCAAAAACCCUUAAAAGGCUUAAUUUGAGCUUCAAUAAAAUUUCAAAGAUACCGGCUGACGCUACACGAGAGCUUACAAAACUUACAGUGCUGGAUUUGUGCAACAACAGACUAACAGAUGCCGGUAUUAAAGGAAAAAUCCUAUCUGGCACAAAGAGCCUCAUGCAAAUCAACAUGUGCAACAAUAAGCUCAAGUCCAUGCCAAUAGACCUUCCAGAAUCGAUCCAGCAGAUAUCACUGGAAAACAACUCAAUAUCUUCCAUACCCGAGGACUACUUUAAGAAGACUCCCAAUCUGUUGUCCCUACGCAUGUCACACAAUAAACUCAAAUCCGUUGCAUACACUGCCUUCAACUUGUCCAAACUGAUGGAGCUCCAUUUGGGCCAUAACCAGCUCUCCAAACCGUUUUUUGUUCCCAGGACCUUGGAACAUCUGUAUCUAAAUCACAAUGACUUUAAAGAUCUGAAUAUCUCUCUAAUGUGUCCAUCACUGGACUUCGGCAACCCUAACAUGCUGACCUACAUUCGUCUCGACAACAAUAAGCUGAGAGGACCAGUGGACUACUACGCUUACAGAUGUUUCCCAAGGCUGAUAAUGAUAUUUUACGGCAACCAAAGGAAGGAUGAUGAAGAUGACUCUGAACCCAAAAAAUAUGAAAAACCCGACCGACCAAAAAGGCCUGGGGCAACAAGGCUAUCAACAUAGAUUUUUGAGAUGCAUCAUACAUAGUCAACAAACCAAACUAUACUUUAUUCAAAGUAUAGGAAUAAAACAGGACUUACGAUUUAAAUAUUAUUAAACAUACAUAUGUUAGUAACUUUGAACAUUCCAUUUCUUGCUGCUUGAACAUUCUAUUUGAUUUUCUGCAUGCUUGUGUAUGCUUUGAUGGCUCUCAAUCAGCAUAAGAUGUGCCCAAAAUUUAAUUGCUAUUUACGGAAAGUUCUGAUUCAGUUUGCUUUGUUUUGUACAAUGUCAUUUUUCUCUCCAUUAAUACAGUAAAAAGCAUUUAUCUACAUUAGUACAUUGCACUGCAAUGCAUGUAAAUGUAAUAAAUAACAAAGCUACUCUUUUUUUGCAAAAUUAAAUCAGAAAAAUCGAGAGUGUAAAAUGCUACUGAAGCUUAAAAGUGUAGGAUGCAGCAUAAAGCAAAAAAAAACAAAAAAAACAAUACAGCAUUGGUAUUGCAUGCAAAUAUGAUGAUAGACCAUUAGUUUACUGGAAUAAACACACUAAGAAAAGUGAAACACAAUACAAUACAUCAUUAUAAUCACAAAUAAAUCCAGCUGUUUUCUGUUAAACACUGUACAGCCAUGGCCAAAAGUAUUGGCAGUGACAUAAAUUUUCGUGUUUUGCAAAGUCUGCUGCUUUAGUUUUUGUGGUGUUGAUUCACAUUGUUCCCAGAUUAUUGUGCAGAGUGAUCAGAUGCAUUUUAAAUAAUUGCAAAACGCUUCUAUGAACUUCAUCACAAAAACCCAAAUUUCACCGUU